UGUAAUUUUUCUUCCUUUUUGGUCUAAGGUUUUACCAUUUCUUGAUUUUCUUGAACCCUAGCAAAGUAGCAAUUAGCAAAAGACAUAGCCUUCAGCAUCAGAAAACAGAUUGAACCUCCUUCGUCUUCUUUGUGUUGGUGAAAUCAAAAUGGCUGGUGAAUCUGAUGUCUCUGAAAAUGCACUUUCUUGUGCUAACUGUGGAAAACCCGCAAAUCUUCAGUGUCCAAAGUGCAUUGAAUUGAAGCUUCCUCGUGAAGGUUCUGCUUUCUGCUCCCAGGAUUGUUUCAAGUCUUCGUGGAGCUCGCACAAGUCGGUGCAUGUGAAGGCGAAGCUAUCCUCACCUGGCAUGGGCACUCCAGGUGAGCAGGACUCAAGCUCACCUGGUGAAAGUUGGUUAUACUGCUUGAAGAGAGGGCAGUCACGAACUCCAAAGAUGCCUCACUUUGAUUGGACUGGGACGUUGCGGCCAUAUCCCAUAUCUGUUAAACGCAUUGUUCCAGCUAAUAUUGAUAAACCAGACUGGGCAGAUGAUGGAAUUCCCAAAAUUGAGCCUAAUAGUGACUUCCAGCAUACUGUUGAGAUUAAAUCUCCAGAUCUAAUUGCGAAAAUGAGAGAAACAUGUCGGAUUGCAAGGGAGGUUUUGGAUGCGGCUGCUCGUAUUGUUCGGCCUGGUGUGACAACUGAUGAGAUUGACAAAGUUGUUCACGACACAACUAUUGCUGCAGGAGGAUAUCCAUCACCUCUCAAUUAUCAUUUCUUCCCUAAAUCUUGCUGCACGUCAGUUAAUGAAGUAAUCUGUCAUGGAAUUCCUGAUGCAAGGAAGCUUGAAGAUGGAGACAUUGUAAAUAUUGAUGUCACUGUGUACUAUAAAGGUGUACAUGGUGAUCUCAACGAAACGUACUUCGUGGGAAAUGUUGAUGAAGACUCUCAGAAGCUGGUCAAAUGCACAUAUGAGUGCCUUGAAAAGGCAAUAGCUAUUGUAAAACCCGGAGUACGAUUCCGGGAAAUUGGUGAAGUUAUCAACCGUCAUGCAACUAUGUCAGGCUUUUCAGUGGUAAAAUCAUACUGUGGUCAUGGAAUUGGAGAGCUCUUUCAUUGUGCACCAAACAUUCCUCAUUAUGGAAGAAAUAAAGCAGUUGGUAUAAUGAAGGCUGGACAAACCUUCACAAUUGAACCAAUGAUCAACGCAGGUAUCUGGCGUGAUCGAAUGUGGCCAGAUGGAUGGACUGCUGUCACCGCAGAUGGUAAACGAAGUGCUCAAUUUGAGCACACUCUUUUGGUGACAGACACUGGUGUUGAGGUCCUAACAGGGAGGUUGCAGACAUCACCCAAUGUUUUUCCAUGGUUAAAAUCAUGAAAUUUGUGGCAGUUUUCUGAAAAAAAAUACAUAGAAUGAAUAGAACAUUAGACAACAUUUCAUUGCCCUUUCACUUCUUGCCUCUUUUUGGUGGAUCAUGUUUUGUAACUCAUCAUAAAGUUCAACAUAGAUUGAAUUCUUCCAAACCCCUGUUGUGACAAUAUAAUGUUUGUUUUGUAUAAUUAAAUGUUAGUCAUUUUUAAU